AUGAAGUUCGGAGAACAGCUCAAGCAGAGCCUGAUCAAGGACUACUACUACUGCUACAUUGACUACGACGGGCUCAAGGAGGCUCUGUACAAGGGCAUUGCCAAGGGCGCCGAAUGGGACGACGAGAAGGAGAAGAACUUCCUGCAGCAGCUCGAAGGAGAGCUCGACAAGGUGUUCACGUUCCAGAAGGUCAAGGCCGCGGAGAUUGCCCGACGAAUCAAGGAGUCGGAGGUUGAGGUCGAAGAUGUGGUCCGACGUCUGGACUCAGCCAACCCCCCCGUGGAGCAGGACUUCCUGGACCUGCAGGACCUGUUGUCCGACAUCAUCGCCGACGUCCACGACCUCGCCCAGUACACCCGACUCAACUACACGGGUUUCCAGAAGAUCAUCAAGAAGCACGACAAACACACAAAGUGGCCGGUGAAGCCCAUCUUCUCUGCCCGACUCAACGCCCGACCCUUCUUCAAGGACAACUACGACGCCCUGGUGGUAAAGCUGUCCAAGCUGUACGACCUGGUCCGAACCCGAGGAAACCCCGUCAAGGGAGACUCGGCCGCCGGAGGAGGCCAGCAGAACUUUGUGCGUCAGACCACAAAGUACUGGGUCCACCCCGACAACAUCACCGAGCUCAAGCUGGUUAUCCUCAAACAUCUGCCGGUGCUGGUCUUCAACGCCUCCAAGGAGUUUGAGACCGAGGACUCUGCCAUCACCUCCAUUUACUACGACAACCGACCUCUUGAUCUGUACAAGGGCCGUCUGGAGAAGACCGAGGGUGCCGAGGCCAUUCGUCUGCGAUGGUACGGAGGCAUGAAGUCCGACCAGAUCUUUGUCGAGCGAAAAACACAUCGAGAGGACUGGACCGGAGAAAAGUCCGUCAAGGCCCGAUUCAACCUCAAGGAAAAACACGUCAACGACUUCAUGGCCGGAGACUACACCGUGCCCCAGGCGUUUGAGAAGAUGCGAAAGGACGGCAAGAAGAGUCUCAAGGAAAUCGAGUCGCUGGAGGCUCUGGCUCGAGAGGUGCAAUACCGAGUCAUCAAGGACAAGAUGCGACCUGUCGUUCGAUCCUUCUACAAUCGAACCGCCUUCCAGCUGCCGGGAGACGCUCGAGUCCGAAUCUCUCUGGAUACUGAGCUCACCAUGGUCCGAGAAGACAACUUUGACGGCCAGAACCGAACCAACGGCAACUGGCGACGAAUGGACAUUGGUGUCGACUGGCCCUUCAACCAACUCCCUGAGAAGGACGUGCUUCGAUUCCCCUACGCUGUGCUCGAAGUCAAGCUGCAGACUCAGCUUGGCCAAGAGCCUCCCGCUUGGGUUCGAGAGCUUGUAUCCUCGCAUCUUGUCGAGGCCGUACCAAAGUUCUCCAAGUUCAUCCACGGUUGUGCCACUCUGCUUCCCGACAUGGUUGAUCUGAUUCCCUUCUGGCUUCCCCAGAUGGAUGUCGACAUUCGAAAGCCCGCCACCACCUUCCAGGGUAUCGAACGAGCCCAGGUGGCUUCUGGCUCGUCUGUUUCUGGAUCCGACGAGCUCGAUGAUCUUGAUGAUCUCGACGACAACGAGGGCAACUACCUAGAUGAAGAGGAGCGAGCUGGAGGAGCCGAUGGCCACGUUUCUUUCAACGGAAACGGCGCUGUGGCCUCUAGUUCCAACGGCACUGCUUCUUCUUCUGCCGCUGCUAACACCUCUCCUAACGCUACGGAGAACACGCCCCUCCUGGGUUCUGGAUCCGGACACACUGGUGGAGACAAUGCUCUUCUCAAGUCGCUCAAGAAUGCCAGCGACUGGUUCAAGGACACCUUCAUCGCUGGCAAGGACGACUUCUCCAAGGUGCCUCCCGGAACCGUGUUUGACACCCGAGUCGUGGUUCCUGCCGGAAAGCGGAUCUCCGUGCCCGUGCGAGUCGAGCCCAAGGUCUACUUUGCCAACGAGCGAACCUUCCUGUCGUGGAUCGAGAUUGGCAUUCUUCUGGGAGCCAUUGCCGGCACCCUGCUCAACUACGGAGACCGUCUGGCCAUCCAGGCCGCCUUUGGUUUCUUCAUUUCGGCCGUCAUCACCAUUCUCUACUCCAUUGGCAUGUACCUGUGGCGAGUUUACAACAUUCGACGGAAGCGAGCCAUCCGGUACGACGACCAGAUCGGCCCCACUGCCAUUUGUAUUGUCUUGGCCCUGGCCAUUGGCGCCAACUUUGUUGCUCGACUGACUCAUUAG